GUUGCCUUCCCUACCCGCAACAACUAUCUUCCAUCAAUAUAUAUAUUUCAUUCUCAUAGGUACAACAAAAAAAGAAGAAAAACCCAUUUCUAGCUUCUUCAAUUCUCAGUAGCUACAAAUUUCAUUGCCUUUUUUUCUUCAAUUUUUUUCAACUUUUCAUUCUCACAUGAUCAAACGUUCUGGUUUUAAGAAGGAGAUGAACUUGGACAAGGGUAUUACCCACAAAACGAUUGACUCCUCGGUCAACGACGGCGGUCCUAGUCCGACUGUAGGACCGCCGUGCAAAGACGGGCACGGGGAAAUGAAGAAGAAAAAGAAGAGCGGGGGAAAGAAGGGGACGAAAUACGGGUUGGUAUCUUUCGAAGAGUUGCCCGAGUACAUGAAGGACAAUGAGUUUAUUCUGAAUUAUUACAGAGCUGAAUGGCCUUUGAAACAAGCCUUUCUCAGCGUUUUCCGGUGGCAUAACGAAACGCUGAAUGUUUGGACACAUUUAAUUGGAUUCGUUUUAUUUUUGGGGCUGACAAUUGCGAAUUUAGUCCCUCUGCCUCCUCUAGCAGAUUUCAUGCCGUUGUUCAUGUGGAAUUUCCCAACAAGUUCACAUGGAAAUCUCUCUCAGAAUUCUCAGGACUUUUUCCAGGGGCCAAACAGAUUGGCUGACUUAAACAUAAAAAUGGACAUAGCAGCCACAACAGGAGAGCUUGCAAGAACAGUAUGGCCAUUCUAUGUGUUCCUAGGAGGAUCAAUGUUCUGUCUUUUAUCCAGCAGCACCUGCCACCUCUUCUCCUGCCACUCCCACCACCUCACUCUCCAACUCCUGCAAAUGGACUAUGCAGGAAUCGCUGUCAUGAUCAUCACCUCCUUCUUCCCACCAAUCUACUACAUCUUCCAGUGCACCCCUCACUGGCAAAUCGUAUACCUCUCGGGGAUCACAGUCAUGGGAGUCUGCACCAUCAUCACGCUCCUCACCCCCGCCUUUUCGACGGGAAAGUACCGCUCCUUCCGCGCAGGUUUGUUCCUGGCGAUGGGACUCUCGGGGCUCAUCCCGGCCGUCCACGCGCUGAUGGUGAACUGGGAUGAGCCUGAGAGGAAUGUGACACUUGCAUAUGAAGCAGCCAUGGGUUUGUUUUAUGUCAUUGGGACAUUGUUUUAUAUGACCAGAGUUCCAGAGAGGUGGAUGCCAGGUUUCUUUGACCUGGCUGGACAUAGUCACCAGAUAUUUCAUGUUUUUGUGAUCUUUGGAGCCAUGUCUCACUAUGCUGCUGCACAGAUUUUCUUAGAAUAUCGAAGCAGGUUAAGCUGCAUGUGACUGAAUUAGUGGAUGGAUGGGUCAUAAACUCAUCAAAACAUGAAUUUCUAGACUCAAAGCUAGAAGGAACUAUUCAAAUCCCACACCGGAAAAUUGAACCCGUCUUAACAAGAACAUAUGUGUGCAUGUGACACUUACUUGGCCUGGUGGACAUUCCAUAAAAGGAACCAUUUGGUUAGUUUAGACAACAAAAUUAUUCUUGAUUUUUUUAUGUAAUGGUAUUUCAUAUUUGUGUACGUCUAAUCAGAAAUGACAUGAUAUAAACAUGCAUAAUGUAUUUACUCUCAUUGAAUUAUUUCCAUGAUGUGGUAAAUAUUUGCUUUUUCUAUAUCACUCUAUGUGAUUAAUCUUUAACCUCAUCUCUCACCACCAAGUCAAACUUAAACAUACC